ACAUUAUAAAUCAAAAACUACAAAUCUUAAUUUAUAAAAUCAAUUCUCGAGUCAAAAUGAAUCCGGAUUCCCUGCAUUUAUAAAAGCACACAGGUUUCCACAGUAGCUAAUCUGAAUGGUUAAAAUUACAUAUCAUCAAAUCAAUUAAAAAUCAUCAUGUCCAUCAAUUUCACAUCGAACGGUUCAGGUGAGUAACUGCGUCCCAUAGUUACUGCACCAAAUCCAUUUCCCCAAAAAUAUAACCAAUCAUACACUUGAAGUAGUGCACUACUGCAUAAUCACUUUUUCCUAACUACAAUGAUUCCAAACCUUAAUGUCUUUUGACUUGUAAGUAAGAGAUGCUUUUCACAUAGAUUUAAGUUCUUCACUUCAUUGAAUCUUAUCAUAGUGUGUGAACCAAAAACAACCAAAUGACAAAAUCUAUUUUGUUCAUUCUAAUCUUGUUUUUCUUUUUCACCUAUGCAAAUUCUCAACAAUCUCAAUUAUACAAUGAAGAACAUGAAAUUCUAAUGAAGAUAAAAAAGCACUUUCAAAAUCCAUUGUUCCUAAGUCAUUGGAAUUCAUCAAAAACUUCAUAUCAUUGUUCAUAUCCAGAAAUCACUUGCACAAAUGAUGAUUCAAUCACUUCACUUUCAAUGAUCAACACAAACUUAACACAAACACUUCCACCUUUUCUUUGUGAACUCAAAAACCUCACUUACAUUGAUUUUCAAUACAAUUAUCUACCAAAUGAGUUUCCAACAUCACUUUACAAUUGUUCCAAGCUUCAACAUCUUGACCUUUCGCAGAACUAUUUCGUCGGUAACAUACCGAAUGACAUCAAUAAGUUGGCCAAUCUGCAGUUCCUUAGCCUCGCCGCAAACAGCUUUUCAGGUGAUAUUCCAAUGAGUAUUGGAAACUUGAAGAAUUUAAAAAGACUUGAACUAUAUCAGUGUCUUUUUAAUGGUACUAUUCCUGAUGAAAUCGGUAAUUUGUCGAAUCUUGAAACUUUGUUGAUGUUCUCAUAUAGUAUGCUACCUAGAACAAAGUUACCAUCUAGUUUUACUAAGUUGAAAAAUUUAAGGAUAUUUGAUAUGCAUGACUCUAACUUGGUUGGAGAAAUUCCUGAAACAAUUGGUGAAAUGAUGGCUUUGGAAGAUUUGGAUUUAUCAGGAAAUUUUUUGAGUGGAAAAAUUCCAAAUGGUUUGUUCAUUUUGAAAAAUUUGAGCAGACUUAUUCUUUAUAACAAUAGUCUUUCUGGAGAUAUACCUGAUGUGGUUGAAGCCUUCGAGUUAACAACCUUGGAUCUUUCGUAUAAUUAUCUCACCGGAAAAAUACCAGAUGAUUUUGGAAAUAUCAAAAAGCUAAAGUACUUGGCCUUGUUUACAAAUCGAUUAUCCGGCAAGGUACCGGAAAGCAUCGGUAAUUUGCCGGCUCUGACUGAUUUUAUUGUUUUUCAGAACAAUUUAUCAGGUAAUCUUCCUCAAAGUUUUGGUAGGUUUUCUAAACUUGAAACUUUUCAGAUUGGAUCUAAUAGUUUCAAUGGUAAGCUACCACAGAGUUUGUGCUAUCAUGGAAGGUUAGUUGGUUUAACUGCUUAUGACAAUAAUCUAAGUGGUGAGUUGCCGAAAUCUUUAGGUAGUUGUAGCAGUUUACAGUAUCUGAGACUUGAGAAUAAUGAGUUUUCUGGUGAAAUUCCUAAUGGUUUAUGGACAUCUAUGUACUUGACAACAAUUAGGAUAAGUGAGAACAUGUUCACUGGCCAGCUUCCCGACAGAUUGGCUCGGAAUCUUUCAGAAUUAGCCGUAAGUCACAAUCGAUUUUCAGGUACAAUUCCGAAUGGAGUUUCUUCUUGGAAGAAGUUAGUGAAGUUCAAUGCUAGUAACAACUUUUUCAAUGGAAGUAUUCCGUCGGAGUUAGCAUCUCUUCCUCAGCUAGAAACUCUUCUACUUGAUCAAAACCAGCUCACCGGUCAAAUUCCAACGGAUAUAACAUCAUGGAAGUCUCUAGUAACACUAAACCUCAGCCACAAUCAACUAUCUGGCGAAAUACCUGAUGCAAUUUGUCGGUUACCUUCGCUAAGUGUGUUGGACUUAUCAGAAAACAAAAUCUCCGGCCGAAUUCCACCUCAGCUAUCUUUGAGACUCACAAAUCUCAAUCUAUCAUCAAAUUAUUUGAUAGGGCGGAUUCCAAGUGAUUUCGAAAACCUUGCGUAUGAAAGCAGCUUUCUAAACAAUUCUGGUCUAUGUGUUGAUAAAUUUGUACUAAACCUUGCUUUGUGCAAUUCUGGAACUGCAAGAAGAAGAAGAGGAGACUCGUCCAUGUCUAAGGCGUUGGUCGUAAUCUUGGUGGUAGUAGCUUCUUUAACGGUUUUCUUGGCGUUAUUCUUGUCAAUCAGUUUUUACAGAAAAAGAAAGCGGUUAAUGAAAAGGACAUGGAAGCUAACUUCAUUUCAGAGGCUAAGUUUCACAAAAUCAAAUAUUGUGUCCUCGAUGUCAGAACAUAAUAUCAUUGGUAGCGGUGGAUUUGGUUCUGUUUAUCGCGUCGCUGUUGAGGGUUUAGGCUAUGUUGCAGUGAAAAAGAUCAGAGGAAAUAGCAGAAAGUUGGAUCAGAAGCUUGUGGAUUCAUUUCUUGCAGAAGUUGAAAUACUUAGCAAAAUUCGGCAUAACAACAUUGUGAAGUUGAUGUGUUGUAUCUCAAGUGAUGAUUCGCUACUCCUUGUAUACGAGUAUCAUGAACAUCAAAGCCUUGAUAGGUGGCUGCACAAGAAAAGUAAGUCACCGGCUGUGUCGGGAACUGUAAAUGGUAACAUCAUUGAUUGGCCAAAGAGAUUGCAUAUAGCCAUUGGAGCUGCACAAGGUUUGUGCUACAUGCAUAAUGAUUGCUCGCCGCCUAUUGUUCAUCGAGAUGUGAAAACAAGUAACAUUCUUUUGGAUUCUCAAUUCAAUGCAAAAGUUGCUGAUUUUGGUUUGGCUAGGAUAUUGGUCAAGCCGGAAGAACUGGCCACCAUGUCGGCUGUGGCUGGAACAUUUGGCUACAUUGCUCCAGAAUAUGCUCAAACAAUACGAGUCAACGAGAAGAUAGAUGUCUAUAGUUUUGGAGUAGUCCUAUUGGAACUGACAACCGGAAAAGAGGCAAAUCAUGGAGACGAAUACUCGUCUCUCGCAGAAUGGGCGUGGCGCCACAUUCAGAUAGGAACCAAUAUAGAAGAACUUCUCGACGACGACGCUAUGGAACCUAGUAACUUGGAAGAAAUGUGCAGCAUCUUCAAACUCGGAGUUAUGUGCACUUCAACAUUGCCAGCUAGUAGACCAUCAAUGAAAGAAGUCUUGAAGGUAUUGACCGGCUGCAAGGAUCUACUCGCCAACGCGGAGAAGAUUGUUGAUAUUUAUGAUUCUGCUCCACUUCUUAAGAAUUUGAAAUGGGAAAAGCAGUUGGAAUUUUCAGCAUAACAGCUAGGAAGUUUGCAUUAAGUUCCUCUAAAGUUAGAAGAUUAAGUGAUAAUUAAUGUGAUAAAAUACAUGCACAUUUGUAACAAACUAGGAAAUUCAGCUUUGGACUAACUGUUAUAGAUCCUUAAUUAGUUCAAACUUCAAAAGAGAGAAAUCUCAAAGUUUUGAGUAUCCUAUCUGAUAAUAAUGCAGAAAGGUGACAAUAAACAUAAGGGAUGGUCUUGAAGUUAGAAUUGGAGACUAUGAAACUCAUAGUAUUAGUAAUAGUGUGCUUUGCAAAUUGCAUAAGGCGAUCGAGAUGGAUGUAUUGAAAAAAUAAAUGUUUUUUUAGUAUAAAUGGUAUGGGCCUGUUUGCAGCUUA